GUGGGCCCCACUUGUCAUUCUCUCGGCGAAAAAAAAAAUCCUCUUCUCAUCUCCUCCCUCCGAGUCAUUUCCCGCACCGCCGCCUCCACUUCACCCGCCUCGCCGCCGCCAUCGCCGACGUCGCCGCCGCCGUCGCUGCGGCGAGCUUCCCGUCCGGCAGGCCGAUGGACACCGUGGGCGCCCGCCUGAGCCGCUCGUCGACGCGGUACGGCCCCGUCGGGAACACCGCCUCCUCCUUCAGCGGGCCCGUCAGGAAGUGGCGCAAGGCCUGGGUCCCCAUCGCCGCCGGCGGGGCGGGGUACGCCGGGAUGAUGGGCCCCAUGGGUGUCUCCAGGGGGAACAAGGUGGUGCUGUUCAGGUGGGCGCCGGUGAACGGCGGCGCGGCCGGGGGUGGCGGUGGCAGCGGCGACGGCGACGAGUCGGCAGCGGUGGCGGCCACCAGGCGGCGCUUCGUUCCGGCUUCAGGCGUGGCACAAAAUUCUACCAAGAAGAGCGGCAGCACCGAGCUGAAUUUGAACCUUGGGUUGGAAGAUCCAGAUGACGACAGCGAUGCUGAUCUGAGCGCAGAAGAGCAACGUGACAGUGGAAGUAACCAACGCUCAGACAACAGACUGAAGAGAAAAGCCUUUUAACCGCCCAGUCCUUUGAUGAUGAGAACGUACGUGGUCAUGCGAGGCCACUCAUGUAAUCUUAUUAGCAUCUAUCUCCUAGCUCUUAGCUUGUGUUAGGCAUUAGCAAUUGUGUAUUGUAGUCCAGAACAAUGCAUUAGCCAGUUGUAGUCUUAUUAGCAUCUUAUGCCAAUAUGCCCCCUUCCAUGAGCUGAUGAUGUAGCAACAUGUUAUUACACCAAGUGUUAAUGCAUGAACUUGUCAGAUUGGAAAUAGGGUUUGUAACCUGGUGCAAAUAGCAGCCUUUGCACAAGUGUUAUCUUGCUAGCCUGCUAGUAUUAGUAAUGGUUUGCCUUUGGUGAUUGCA